UCGAUUUUGGGUUAUGCCUUUGCCUCUGUGUUGUUCUUGCUCUUCUCUCUUUCACGCUCUUUCUCUCUCUUCGCCUUUCCCUCUCUAAAAUCUCAGUUAUUGUUGUUGUCUGCUCCUUCGAUUCCAGGUGUUGUAAGAGUAGUGUUAGCAAAAUAGUAGUUGAUAAGGGAAUGGCUGGGGUUACGAGUGAGGAAUCUGGAGUGGGAAAGUCUUCAGAGGGAACUUUUAGUGGGCAGCAUAGUCAAUCUGGGGAAGCAGUGGCUGAAUGGCGAUCUUCCGAGCAGGUGGAGAAUGGAAGCCCGUCAACUUCACCUCCUUACUGGGACACUGAUGAGGAUGAUGAAGGACCAAAACCUUCAGAAUUGUUUGGAAGAUAUACAUGGAAGAUUGAAAAAUUUUCUCAGAUUACCAGAAGGGAACUUCGCAGUAGUCCGUUUGAGGUUGGCAGCUACAAGUGGUAUAUUUUAAUUUAUCCACAAGGUUGUGAUGUCUGCAAUCAUCUCUCUCUGUUUCUUUGUGUUGCUAAUCAUGACAAACUUCUUCCAGGAUGGAGUCAUUUUGCGCAAUUUACAAUAGCUGUGGUCAACAAAGAUCCAAAGAAAUCAAAAUAUUCUGAUACAUUACACCGAUUUUGGAAGAAGGAGCAUGAUUGGGGAUGGAAAAAGUUUAUGGAGCUCUCAAAAGUGUAUGAUGGAUUUGUUGACGCAUCUGACAAUCUGAUAAUAAAAGCGCAAGUUCAAGUUAUUAGGGAGAAAGCUGACAGGCCUUUUCGGUGCCUUGAUUGUCAGUAUAGGAGAGAACUUGUUAGGGUAUAUUUGACAAAUGUAGAACAAAUUUGCCGGCGUUUUGUGGAGGAAAGAAGAAGCAAGCUUGGGAAGUUGAUAGAGGAUAAAGCUAGGUGGUCAAGCUUCUGUACUUUUUGGCGGGAAAUUGAUCAAACUUCUAGGCGUCGCAUGUCAAGGGAAAAGACAAAUGUAAUUUUGAAAGUAGUUGUGAAACACUUCUUUAUAGAAAAAGAAGUAACUUCUACUUUAGUAAUGGACUCCUUGUAUAGUGGGUUGAGGGCUCUUGAAGGUCAGACUAAGUGCAAGAAAGGAAGGGCAAAAUUGUUGGAUGCUGAAGAAAUGCCAGCGCCAAUUGUCCGUGCCGAGAAAGAUAUGUUUGUACUGGUGGAUGAUGUUCUACUGCUACUUGAAAGAGCAGCUAUUGAGCCUUUGCCUCCAAAAGAUGAAAAAGGUCCUCAAAAUCGAACAAAGGAUGGAAACUCGGGGGAGGAUUUUAACAAAGAUUCUAUUGAGCGUGAUGAAAGGCGUCUCACUGAAUUAGGUCGCAGGACUUUGGAAAUAUUUGUCCUUGCCCAUAUAUUCAGCAAUAAAAUUGAGGUUUCCUAUCAAGAAGCUAUUGCUCUAAAGAGACAAGAAGAGCUCAUUCGUGAAGAAGAGGCAGCCUGGCUAGCUGAAAGUGAGCAGAAAGCAAAACGUGGAAAUGAGAGGGAAAAAAAGUCAAAGAAAAAACAGGCUAAACAGAAACGGAACAAUCGAAAAGGAAAGGAUAAAGUCAAAGAGGAGAGACCAGCUGUGGCACUACAUGACAAACAGCAAAACAAUGCUGUUGAUGAGAAAAAACAUUCUAACAUGGAGGAAGUACAAACUCUCGAUGAAAAGCUUGAUACCCUGGAAGUUGCUUCUGAUGUGUCUGAUUCUGUGGAUAGGGUCGGUGAAGUGCUUCAACCUGAUUCUGAAGACAGAGAUGUGAGUCCUGUAAAUUGGGAUACUGAUGCAUCAGAAGUCCAUCCUCCAACUGAGGCUAGUAGCAAUGGUAUAGGUAGUAUGUCAUCUGUACAAAAUGGAAUGGCUGAGAAAAGAAGCAGUUCAGUAAUGGAUGACAGUUCUUCAACAUGUUCCACUGAUUCCUUACCAUCAGUGGUGUUGAAUGACAGUCACAAGGGGAACUCCUUUUCAAAUUUCGAAGUCCGAAAGUUUCCUAGCAGAGGCAAGAACCAAGUAAAAGCAUCAUGUAAUGCUGGCAGUUGGACAAACGAAAUGGAUUGUCAGCCAUCCGGUUCUAUUGGGGAUACUGUUGAUGUUAAUGAAUCUGAAAGUCGUAAGUUAGGUGAAUCUGAGCCUGAGGGUGCUGUUCUCUCUUUGCAGGAUCGAUUAAAGUGGCUUGAUCAACAUGUUGUCAGAAAGGAAGAGGCUACACCGUCAUUACAAAAUAAACAAAGCAUCAAAGACCGAGUUAUCACAGAAAGGACUGUUAACAAUGAAAGCCUACAAAAAGAGAAGAAAUCAUCAGUGCCAUCCUCAUCCAGUAGUCCUCCUCGAAACUUACCUAUUCAAAAGGAGUUAGAAAACCAAACUAAAGUUAUGGGAGAUCCCGUUCAUGCCAGGAAAACAUCUUUUAGUGCCUCACAACCAACUGAUAAAGAGUUGUCUUCAUCCUCAGCUUCUGUAUCGCAAGUAGCAACUGGUCCAAAGGCAGAGAUCCAGAAAACUUCACCGCCAAGAUUAUCCGAAAGGUCUAUGGCACAAGUGGCUAUGAUGUCAAGGCCUUCUAGUGCUCCACUAGUUCCUGGAGGUCCCAGGCCCGCUGCCGCCGUUGUCUCCAUGGUUCAAACUGCUCCAUUACUUGCACGCUCUGUGAGUGCAACUGGUAGGUUGGGUCCUGAUCCCUCGCCUGCUACCCAUAGCUAUGUUCCCCAGUCCUACAGAAAUGCAAUGAUGGGGAAUCCUGCAGUUUCAACUGCUGCCAGUCUCCCUCAUUGCAGCUCUAGUUCAGGAGUAAACUCAUCACCUGGCUAUUCACAACCACAACUGGUUUCAUCACCACUAUUUUUAUCCCGGAGCUCUGACAAACUGGAUUCAAAUGCUUCCCAAUCUGGUGUUCCCUUUAGUAUGAUUAGUCGGGAUGUUUUACAGAAUGGACCAAAUUGGAUUGAUAGUUCUCAUAGGGAAGCCAGCAGAAACUUACACUAUGAACCACCGUCCCGACUUAAUGAUGUUCAAAACCUAGACUUGUACAAGCCAGUAGACAGUAGAUCGUUGGGCAAUGUAUCUAGUGAGUUCCCUGCUUGCACAUCCAGGCGUCAGAACCAAGGCAGCGGUUUGGUGGAUGAGUUCCCACACCUUGAUAUCAUAAAUGAUCUUCUUGAUGAGGAGCAUGUUACAGGGAAGGCAGCCAGGGCAAGUCCAGCCUUCCACUCCCUCAAUGAUGGACCACAGUUGCUAAAUCGUCAGUUCACUUUUCCUGGAGACUUGGGUACAAAUGAUGAUUUGGGAUCAUCCACCAGUUCUUGUAGGUUUGAGAGAUCAAGAAGUUACCAAGAUGCCAGGUUUGAACAAGGGUAUAGCUCAUCCGGCCGGCAGUUCGAUAUGCGGCCGGAUUAUCUUCCUCCGGCGAGUACACUGUCAUCAUAUGGAAAUGGCAAGGUAGAUGGUCUGACUCCAAACCAGUGGCAGGUUGCUGGUUCUGAUCUAUCUUAUCUAGGCAUGAGAAACACGGAGAAUAGUUACUCAUACUAUCAAGAUUACCCAAACAUGGCAAAUGUGAAUGGUGUGAAUGGUUAUACUGUAUUCAGGCCUUCAAAUGGUCCUUAGAGGGAGAGAAGAAUUAAAAUUAGUGGUCUCAUCCACAAGUGUAAUAAUGUAUUUCAGGAAAUUGUUGGGUCUCUUUAGAUUGGAGUGAGGUUGUAUCCCCAUGAUAGGAAAACAUUUUGUAAAGAGUGUUUCCGAUUAAUUUGGUUCCAGUUUUUCAUAAAUUUAUACAUGUCCUAGCUUCUAACAGUGUUGGGAUUUGGGCCUUCUGGGAUUAUAGAUACUCUUUCAUUCGUGUUGUCAAUGUAAUCUUCAAAGUUGAGUUUUUUCUGUACAUAUUCUACAAGGGACUGCUUCUUUUA